GUCCGAUUACCUGUGGACGUGUCACCUAAGCUCGCAGCUGGCACACAGUCUGGUCCAAGGUGUCUGGAGGCAGCAGUGUGUGUGCUUGCUGUCCUGGAGGCUGAUGGAGACUCAGAGCAGAGCUGGAGGACGAGGACGCAGAGACAUCUACUCUGAGAUGCUGGACGUGCCUCACACCUGUCCUGUGACUCAGUACAGCGUGUCCUCAGCGGUCCGUCGGUACCUCGGUGUGUUGGAGCUCCUGGAGUCCCUGCAGACUGACUGCUGGUCUUCAGCCCCUCUGAGCACUCUGCUGCCCCCUGAUGGCUCCAACCUGACCUCCUCCCAGAUCAACGGGUUCCUGUCCUGGUCUUGCAGGACUCUGUCCUCCGAGCCUCAGGGUGGAGACGCUGUCAGGCAGCGCCCCCUGCUGCUGGUCGGCGUGCUGGAGCUGCCGUCACAGACGUCUGAGUUCAAACACUCGAUGCAGCUCAGAGACGCCACGGGAGCUGCAGCCUGCGUGCUGACGGAGAGCAGCGAGGAGGAGGAGGGCGCGCAGAGGGCGGUCUUUAACAGCGCCUGGAUCGGUUGUCUGGUGGGUGUGGUGCAGUUCACCAUGGUGACAGAGAGAUUCCUCCAAUCAGAUUUCCCCUCCUACCAACACCUGGACCAGGACAGGUUCAUCACACACAAACACUGCAGGGUUUACCUUCAGCUCUCUCUGGACCACCUGCACAUCCUGAGUCCAUCUGUUGCCAUGGAGACACACUUGAGACACAAGGGGGAGGAGCCAGGAGGGGAUGUCACUGCCAGGAAGCAGACAGUAGAAGAAGAAGAAGAGACUGCUGGGAGUAAGAGGAAGAGAAGAGAAGAAGAAGAAGAAGAAGAAGAAGAAGAAGGAGACACCAGCAACCCCUGGCCCUGUGUCUCCAUGGUGAUCAGGGUGGAGCAGAAGGAGGGUGUGUCCUGGAGGAAUACAGGGGUAGAGGCAGAGGAUCAGGAGGCAGGGCUGAGACUGUGCUUCUCAGUGAAAGUUGCUGUGAUUGGUCCAGUGGUCAGCUGGAGGCGGGACCCAAAGAAUGAACCAAUGAUAGAGAAAGAAAGUGAACAAAAGCAGGAGAGAAAGGUGGUGCUGGUUUUCUCAGGUGUGUGUACGCGGUGGUUUCCUGUCCUCCAGCCUGGAUGUUUCUACAGACUCAGCGCCGCUAACACUCAGGAUCCCAGUGUUUUGAUUGGCUGUGGAGUUUCUGGGUGCAGUGGGGUGGAUCUCCAUGCUGAGUCAACCCUACAAGUCAGACGUGGUUGGAGAUUCCACACUCUGACACGCCCACUGCUGCUGCCCACCUGCAGACGGGCCGUCCCACCCACAGUCUUGUCUGUCUCAGAGGUCUUAAACUGCAGGUAAACUGCUCAUCCCUCACUGAGUCGCCCCCUGUGGCCAUCUGAGGAACUGCAGCUCCAGCCUGCUUUAAACUCUUACUGGUGUGUGUGUGUGUGUGUGUGUGUGUGUGUGUUUCAGCUCAGAGCUGGUGUGUUUUCAGGGUGUGGUGUCUGAAAGGAUCAGUGUGAACAACAGGACUGCCCACUCUGGACACACACACUCAGGUACAAACACACAGGUGGUUUGUGUAUCAGGCUUUUGCUUUCUGCUGUGAAGUUUUAACAUGGGGGUCUAUGGGGGCUGACUCACUGCUGCCUCUGCUGGACACUAGAGGAACUGCAGGCGUCAGUGCUUCAGGUAUGAGUCUCAGGUCUGACUGUUAGCUAAAUGUGUGUGUGCAGGUGUGCGUCUCACUCUUUGUGACCAAGCUGGGAGGAGUCUGCAGGUGUACCUGGACUUAAGCC